GCCCGUGCCAAGAACACAGCAGCGGCAGAAGACUGACUGACCGUGAAACUCUGGUGCAGUCGCGACCUGAAUACUCACUCGCCCGCACGGAACGAGUAGUCCUCCGCAACCAUGUCGAAGAAGACGUUCACCUCAACGAAUUGCUCCAAGCACAACGAGGAGUUCAAGCUCUAUUGCCAAGAGGACGAGGUGCCCGUGUGCGUCAUCUGUAUCGUGGCCGGGCGGCACAAAGCCCACUCCGUGGUCACCUUGAGCGAGAUGCUCAAACAUGCCAAGGCAACGUUGGAGGCACAGUCUGGAGAGCUGCAGAGACAUAUGGCAUUGAUCCAAAACAACAUCAAACUUGUUGCCGGUAACAUUGUCGAAGUGAAUGCGACAACAACAAAACUUCAGAGGCAACUAUCUCAGAAGUACAGGGACAUGAUUGCGACCUUGAAGAGUGUGGAGGACGAAACAAUGUCCGUUGUCAAAGCCGAACAGACGAGAGUUCUGAAAUCCUUAAAUGAAAACAUAAGCAAAAAUGAGAAGGAAGCCCAGGAGAUCCAGAAAGUGAUUGAACAAAUCUCAUUCCUUUGUAAAGGCGGAGACAUUUAUCAAAUAAUGCAGGAUAAACAAGACAUUUUCUCACGGUAG